AUGGCGGCCAACGCGGUAUUGCGGCUGAUCCUGAACUACGGCGUGGACCCGGGGCGGAUUGGUUUUCUCGGGCUCGGGACGGAAAGCUCCUCGGACAACUCCGCCGGCGCGAUUAUUAUUAAAGGGAUGGUGGACAAGAGCCUCGAGGUCCUGCGGCUGCCCCCGAUCUCGCGGCAUUGCGAGGUGCCGGAGUUCAAACACGCCUGCCUGGCCGGCGUGUACGCCAUGGAGAGCGCGAUUCGGUUUUGCGCGUCGGAUGGGCGGGACCGGCUGGCGAUUGUCGUGGCCUCGGAUAUCGCGGAGUACGCGCUGGGGUCGACCGGGGAGCAAACGCAAGGGGCCGGGGCCACCGCGCUUUUGGUCGAACGCGAGCCGAAACUCUUUGAUGUGCAAUUGCAAUACGCCGGGUCGGCUUCGGACUACCGCGGGCCCGAUUUUCGCAAACCGCACCGGCGGUAUUUGAUGAACCUCGCGGAGUACCGCGGGACGAACGCGGAUGGGAAGCUCUCGGACUUUCCAGUUUUUUCCGGCCCCUAUAGCACCUUGGUUUAUCAGGAGGAGGUCAUGGUCGCGGUGGAGCGAAUGCUCGAGCGGCUUGGGGAGGCCCCUGGGAAGUAUUACGACGAGGUCACCGCAUUGUUUUUUCAUCGGCCGUAUAAUAUGAUGCCGAUUCAGGCGAUGUCUUUUCUUUAUACCCGCGCCCUCGCCCGGGCGACCUCGGAUGAGCACAUCUCCUACUUGAAAGAGCUUUGUCUGAAGGCCGGGGUGGAGCCCACGAGUGUGGUGGCCGAGCUCGACGCCUGCCCGAACUAUUUCAAAGAUAUCGAAUCGGGCAAGGAGCCGGUGGAUGCCUUUCCAAAUACCGGCAAAGUCGCGAAGGUGCUUCGUCGGGAUGAGCGCUUUAGCAAUCUCCUUGAGCAGAAGAUGAGCCUUGGCAGCAAGACGAUGGGUAAUUUCGGGAAUUUGUACACCGCCUCGCUGCCUUGCUGGAUUGCCUCCGGGUUCGAGGAGGCCUAUAAGGGAAAAUUUGAGAUCGCGGGGAAGCCGAUGGUGAUGGUGGGUUACGGCAGCGGGGAUGCGAGUAUGGCGAUCCCAAUCGUCCCUGUCGACGGUUGGGAAAAGGCCGCGGCAAAGAUUAACGUUGAGGAGGCCUUGAGCAAUAAUAUUAAUAUCACUAAGGAGCAGUAUGAGGCACUCCACAAAGGUUCUCAGAAGGUUGAUCUCGCGGAGGGAAAACGCAAGAUGGAGUUCGUGAUUGACCGGAUGGGAAUUCGAAACGAGGAGGCUUUUCAGGAUAUUGGUGUCGAGUAUUAUCGCUUUAUUUCAUAA